AUGAGGGUCUUUACUGGCCUGACUUUACCAGCGACCCUGCUGUUGACAUUGCCCUUUACUGCAUCAGCUACUGAGCUUCUACAAGGCUACGGCAGAAACGACUAUGAGCUCCCAUGUGCACAAGCCUGUACUUGGGCUACGCCUACUGCACUCGACUGUCCUGAAUAUGCCAAAAUGUCGGCAGAAGAGCGUGCGGCUGCGUAUCCAUCUGCGGCCUGCAUGGGCAACGACACUUCGUACUUGACAUCAAUUGCCUGGUGCAUUGACUCAUACUGUUCGAAGGACACCAGACCCUACAAGAUUGAGGUGUUUUGGGGGACCAAGAUGAUCUACCAGGUCGAAAGCAUCAAGUUCACAUACGCUGAGGCUCUGGCCCAGAUAGACAACAAGACGACCCCUAAGCCUAUGUCUCCAGAUGAAACGAUGCUCAACCGAACUAUUUCUAUCGAAGAUGCAACCUACGAAAGCUAUUUAAACUCUGUCAAGGGUUACAUAGCUAUUGGCAAGAACGAAUCCAAGUACUCUCUCUUAGUCGUCCUCUCUUGCGUUGCUAUACCCAUCGGUUUCUCAUUACUACGACUCCUGCCCAUCCCGACAAGCGUUAGAAGUAAAUUCUACGCUUAUAUCAUCGAUCCUCCUGCUUGGGGCAAGAGACAUAGUGUUCCAACCCUUGGACUAGGCAUUGUCCCUACUCGUGGUCAAGCUCUUUUCAUCCUUUACAUCAUCGCAAUCAAUGUGGCAGCAACCUUUGAUGGCUAUCCUCGCUAUACCCCUAAUGCCUAUUUCCCAGUCCGUCGAGAUGAGCUGAUGCGACAUAUUGGCAACCGGGCCGGUAUUAUUGCAUUUGCCAACAUCCCAAUCAUUAUUCUCUAUGCAGGUCGCAAUAGCUUGCUACUUCGCUUAACCAACUGGUCUUACUCCACCUUUAUCCUUCUUCACCGAUGGGUUGCCAUGGUAUGCGUUGUUCAAGUUAUCCUUCACUCUCUCAUGUGGCUCCAGAUAAUGGUUGAGGCUCAUUCGCAUGCUGAGGUUGUUAAAUAUCCUUACUGGCAAUGGGGUAUUGUCGGAACGCUUGCCUUCUCCCUGCUGCUGCCUUUCUCGAUUCUCCCUUUCCGACGCGCUCUCUACGAGGUAUUUCUCAUUGUGCACAUCUGCCUGGCUGUUGUGGUUUUAGUCGGAUCUUGGUACCACAUUUGGUAUCUCUUCGAAGAUACGAGUGGGUUUGAGAUCUGGCUUAUCAUAGCCAUAGCUGUUUGGGGAUACGAGAGAUUGUUGCGCAUCCUUCGUGUCUCGAGAUAUGGCAUCAAAAAGGCUUACAUCACGAGGGCUGACGAGAAAUAUUUAAAAAUUGAUAUUCCUGAUGUGGAUGCUCAUGGCCAUUGCUUCGUCUAUUUCCCUACUCUUUCCUGGAGGAUAUGGGAAAAUCAUCCCUUCUCAAUUGUCAAUUGUAGCAAGGGACAAUUACAGAGAGAGGUGUCACUUUCAAGUUCAAGCUCACAGGUUGAGGGCAAAGACGUGUCACCGACAGAGGCUUCACUGUUCAAGGAGGGUGGCAUGGUUGCAGUCAAGGCUCCAAGCAGUGUAACUGACAAUAACACCACCAAACCAGGUAUCACCUUGUUUGUUUCCCCGGAGCAUGGAUUAACUUCUAGACUCCCUAAGAAAGCCGAUACCGGAAUUCCUAUCCCAAUUCUUGUUGAAUGUUCUUAUGGCCACGAGGACUCAACACAAUUCGAGCCUACUUUCGAUUACCCCAACACACUUGCUAUCGCUGGAGGAGUAGGUGUGACUGCAGUGUUACCGGCCCUCCAAAGUUCUUUGUCUAUGUACGCACGACCACUCGGGACAAGUAAGCUGUACUGGGGUACCAAGAACCGCGGACUUGUCGAUUCAGUCAAGAGAAUGAUUGUUGAGGGACAUGGUUACCAAGAUGAAGAAGGGAACGGCGGCGCUUCCAACUGGGGUCACUUUGAGGCACAUGUUACGAUUGGUUCGCGCAUGGAUAUAAAACAGGUUUUGACGAAUGAGUUGGAGAGCACGACAGGAGGCACAACAGUCAUUGUUUGUGGCCCACAACAGAUGUGUGACGAUGCUAGGAAUACUAAUGGGGAUGCGAUAUUCAAUGGAAACCCUACCAACACACUUCCUGCUGAGCCCAUUGCGAUUUGUGGUAUGUCAGUUCGUCUCCCGGGCGGAUUGCAUUCACCACAGGACUUCUGGGAAUUCUUGGUAUCUAAAGGCGAUGCCCGCGGCCCUGUACCUGAGUCAAGAUACAAUGCCUCGUCAUAUUGGUCCGAAACUAUGAAACCAGGGACAGUCAAGACACAGUAUGGCUACUUUCUUGAUGAAAGCAUCGACAUAGCUAGUGUCGACACAUCAUUCUUCACUAUGCGCAAAGCAGAAGUUGAACGUGCUGACCCACAGCAGCGCCAGAUGUUAGAGGUUGCGCGAGAGUGCCUCGAAGAUGCGGGUGAGUUUGAUUGGAAAGGCAGACCCAUCGGCUGUUUCAUGGGUAGCUUUGGUGAGGACUGGGUUGAGAUGUUUGCCAAAGAGGCUCAACAGUAUGGUCCGUACCGGGUGAUGGGCUACGGUGAUUUCAUGCUGUCGAAUCGUGUCUCAUAUGAGCUAGAUCUCAUGGGUCCAAGUCAGGUGGUCCGUACAGGAUGCUCAGCAUCUCUCAUCGCUCUUCACGAAGCAUGUCUUGCGCUGUCUCGCGGUGAUUGCGAAGGCGCUAUCGUUGGUGGCGCUAAUCUCAUCAUGGCACCUGGAAUGACUGUGGCAAUGACGGAGCAGGGCGUUCUCUCACCCGACGGUUCAUGCAAAACAUUUUCAGCUGAUGCGAAUGGCUAUGCUCGAGGAGAAGCAAUCUCUGCCAUUUUCGUCAAGCCUCUACGCAAUGCAGUCCGCGAUGGAAAUCCCAUCCGAGCAGUCAUUCGUUCUACAGCUUCCAACAGUGACGGAAGAGGUACUGCCGGAGGUAUACAGGUACCCAAUGACAUUGCUCAAGAAACCUUGAUCAGAAGAGCCUACAAGAUGGCUGGUAUCAACGACUACUCUCAAACAGCCUUUGUUGAAUGCCACGGAACAGGAACAGCAAUUGGAGACCCAAUCGAGACCAAGGCUGUCGGUCGAGUAUUUGGCCCGUCUGGAGGUGUCUUGAUUGGUUCAGUGAAGCCAAAUCUCGGCCACUCUGAGGGCGCUUCAGGUCUUACAUCACUAAUCAAAGCUGUUUUGGCCUUGGAAAACCGCACUAUCCCUCCGAACAUCAAACUCAACCAACCGAAUCCAGACAUUCCCUGGUCUUCAUGUGGGCUAUCCGUCCCUACAGAGCCUACGGAAUGGCCUUCAUUAAAGCAUGAGCGCAUCAGUGUCAAUUCCUUUGGUAUCGGUGGUACCAAUGCCCAUAUCAUUCUUGAUUCUGCUCGUAGCUUCGGAGUCACUCUUCCUGCAGAGCGUACUGCCACAUCACCACAAUUGCUAGUGUUCUCUGCAAAUGGAGCGGAUUCACUUCGACAGAUGAUCACCAACUACGAACACUAUGUCGAGAAGAAUCCAGAAAAGGUAGAUGAUCUUGCAUUCACAUUGGGUCAUAAGCGCGAAUACUUGCCGCAUAGAGCGUUCGCUGUCUCCAGUCCUCUUGGCCCUCUCACAGUGUCUCCCAUUGCCAAAGUAGGAAACAAGCCCAACAUUGUUAUGGUUUUUACCGGUCAGGGUGCUCAGUGGCCACAGAUGGGAAGAGAAUUGAUGCGUAGAUCUCAAUUCUCUGCGUUCAGACAAACCAUCACUGCCUUGGACGCUCAUCUUCAAUCUCUAGAAGACGGACCAGAUUGGACUAUCGAGGAGGAGCUACAGAAACCUCCCAGAACGAGCAGACUAAGUUCAGCUGAGUUAUCGCAGCCCCUCUGCACUGCAAUGCAAGUUGCCUUGAUCAAUACUCUCGCUUCUGUCGGUGUCAAAGCAGAGGCCCUGGUAGGUCAUUCCAGCGGCGAGGUUGCUGGUGCUUAUGCAGCUGGCGCCAUCACAGCCAAUGAAGCUAUCACAAUCGCCUUUUACCGUGGUCUUGUUACCAAGCGUCAACACAAACCUGGAUCAAUGGCUGCUAUUGGAAUGGGCGCUGGAGACGUUGAGAAGUACUUGCAGUCGGGGGUUGUCAUUGCCUGCGAGAACUCCCCAAGCAGCGUCACUAUUGCUGGUGAUACUGAAGCGGUAGAGUCGACAAUUGGAGCGAUCAAAGCCUCGAAGCCUGAUGUGAUGGCGCGACUACUACAGGUCGACAUGGCAUAUCAUUCCCAUCACAUGAAAGAGAUUGGUGAUGAUUACUUUGCCUUGAUGCAAGACAAAAUCUGGCCUACAAACCCCACCAAGCUAUUCUACAGCAGUGUUACAGGGAACACACUCACUGAAAGCCACCAAUUCGGCCCACGCUACUGGCAAGCCAACAUGGAGUCCAGAGUCCGCUUCAGUUCUGCUGUGUCUGAAAUCAUCAAUCAGGGAACCAUCAAGAAUGCACUCUUCUUGGAGGUUGGCCCCCAUUCUGCACUUGCUGGUCCGUUGCGACAAAUCCAGGCACAGAAUUCUACAUCAUUCCCUUACGUCUCAGUUCUUACUCGUAAUAAGAACGACGUUGAAUGCUUCCUUUCAUGCGCUGGCAGUCUCUUUAAUCUCAAUGCUCGCGUUGAUCUGACCAAGGUCAUCGCUAAAGGCGCGGUAUUGCCAGACUUACCCAGAUAUCCCUGGAACCAUUCUGAGAGGCAUUGGUACGAAUCAAGGCUGACCAGCGAGUGGAGACAUCGCGAGCACAAGUAUCAUGACCUGCUAGGCAUUCGCGUCCCAGAGAGCACCGACUCAAACAUACUUUUCCGGAAUCUGUUUCAUCUCGACAACGCUCCUUGGAUCCGCGAUCACAUGGUUGGAGAUGAUGUUAUCUUCCCGUUUGCUGGCUACGCUGGCAUGAUUGGCGAGGCCAUAAGACAAGUGACCUGCGUUGACGAAGGCUUCAAGUUACGAGCUGUCAGGGUCAGCACGGCUUUGGUUCUGACCGAGGGCAAGCCCUUAGAAAUUAUGUCUACACUUCGUCGCAAGCGCUUGACCGACUCCCUUGAUAGCGAAUGGUGGGAGUUCUCAAUCGCAUCAUACAACGGCACGUCAUGGACGAAACAUUGCUCUGGUGAAGCCACAUCACAGGGCGAGAGGCUUUCGACAAAGGGACCACAGGAGUCUUUUUUGCACAAGAUAGACAUUGGUCGCUGUUACGAAUCUUUAGCAAGGUCUGGAUUGAACUUUGGACCAGAAUUCCAGCGACUUGGUGAGAUCCGCUCAGAUACAUUGGAACAAAAGGCCCAGUCAAAAGUCUUGGGCAAGCCAGGCGAAGAGGUCAACUAUCAUCUCCAUCCAACAAUUAUUGACGCGUCACUGCAACUUCUCAGUGUUGCUGUUUCGAGAGGAUUUGCCGACCGAUAUGACAAUACAAUGGUCCCAACUCAUAUUGAUGAGAUGUGUAUCUAUCGACCAACUGACACCAACUCAUUCGAGAUCAGGGCAAAUGCAUAUUAUACCUCCACAGGCUCUGUUACGGGCGGCGGUCAGAUUUUUGAUUCCAAUGGCCGAUCUGUACUUUCAACCACGGGUAUCAAGCUCACUACUGUUGGAGAUCAAAAUGGAGGCAAGCCCGUCGAACCGACUGCCCGGUUAGAAUGGGCACCCCAUAUUGACUUUCUAGACCCGCAGGCCCUCAUCAGGCCCUCAAUUGAUCGCAGCGAGCAUAUGCCCGACCUUACGUGUCUAUCACACUUAUGUCUGGCGCACACCAAGCACUGCAUUGCCGAUUUGGACACCACCAUUGAGCACAUGCACAAAUACAAGGCAUGGGUUAAUCACCAGAUCGAGUUCGAUAACGUCGGAAGUCUUGAGUUUCUGAGCAAGGAUGAACUCGAAUUACAGAUCAACGACCUAAUGGCGUACUUGAAGCGAACCUCGGCAAAGGACGCUGCAAUCGCUAUUGAGAAAAUAUGUGCCAAUGCCUCCAGCAUCUUUACUGGCAGCAAAGAGCCUCUUGAUGUACUCUUGUCUGACGGCAUAUUGAACAAUCUUUAUACGUUCAUGGACAAUUGUGAUGAGUCGGCAUUAUUCGCGCAUUUGGCUCAUACUAAGCCUAAUCUACGUAUCCUUGAGAUUGGCGCUGGAACUGGCGGGUCAACUUCUCAAUUCUUGAAGUACCUGACUCCGGUUGGCAAAGUGUUGUUUUCCAACUAUACCUUUACUGACAUUUCUUCUGGCUUCUUCGAGAAUGCUAAGAAGCGUUUCAAAGACUUUCCGAAUAUGGAGUUUGCGACACUGGAUAUAAGUCGGGACCCAGACGAGCAGGGAUUUGCUGGACGCGAGUACGACCUCAUCUUGGCGACCAACGUCAUUCAUGCUACCCCGUCAAUCAAUGAAAGCUUGAACAAUGUCCGAAACCUUCUGAGUGACGAUGGGAGAUUCCUACUCCACGAGCUAACAUCAACUUCAAAAUGGAUCAACUACAUCUUUGGCACCCUACCGGGAUGGUGGUACGGUGAGGCAGAUGAUCGGUCUCUUGAGCCCUACAUCUCUGUCGAACGCUGGGAAGCAGAGUUAUUGGCUGCUGGUUUCGACGUGCCAGAUGCAGUAGUACUUGACACAGCGGGCCCUAAUACUUUGAACGCCAUGAUUCUCUGUAGAACAGACACAGAAUACUACACGGAUAGGCAUGUGGAACUUUUGGUCAUGUCCGAUGUUGAGACCAAGGGAGAAGAGGCACUCCGUCAAAGCUUGGAGAAACGGGGUCACUUUGUCCAUCGAAGGGGAGUCUUUGACCAGUCGACUCCUACUGGAUACGACACUAUAGCACUUCUAGACGAAGAGGAACCUUUCUUUGAAGAUAUCAAUAGCGAAAAACUCGACGCUUUCAAGACUUUGACAAGCAGCCUAAAAGAUAAGAGUCUCCUUUGGAUCACCCACGUUUCGCAAAUGGGGUGUUCUGACCCUCGCUUCGGUCAAAUCUGGGGGAUAUCAAGAGCUCUCCGUUCUGAGAUGCUGUUGGAGUUUGGCACCUGCGAAGUGGACGAUGUGGCAGUAUCAUCGGAUAAGAUCCUUGACGUUUUUGCAAGGUUCCAAAUUGAAAAAGAGGACGAAACUAUCAAACCUGAUUACGAAUAUACGAUCAUCAACAACACCGUUUAUGUCGGUCGUAUUUAUCCAUUCUCGGCUCAGGAAAAUCUGGUUAUAUCUAAUCAAGAGGAUCCAGUGGCUCUUCGAACAACCAAGCCUGGCAGACUCAACGCUCUACACUGGGCCAGCUACCAAUCACCGACACUAACUGGUGAUGAUGUCGAGGUCAAAGUACAAGCUGCCGGCUUAAACUUCAAAGACGUGUUGUGUGCUAUGGGUAUUGUCGACGGCGGUAAUGGCUUCGGCCUUGAGGGUGCUGGUGUUGUCAAUCGCAUCGGGCCGAACGUCAAGGACAUUAAGGUUGGGGAUCGUGUUCUUUUCAUAGCUCAUGAUUCUUUUGCCUCUCAUGUUGUCAUGUCUGAGAACCUGUGUGAGAUAAUUCCUGAAGAUCUGAGCUUCGAGGACGCUGCAACAAUACCUUGCGUGUUUGCAACAUCCUAUCACUCAAUAUUCAACAUGGGAAAUCUCAAGAAAGGCCAGUCCAUACUGAUCCAUAGCGCUUGCGGCGGUGUCGGUAUCGCUACGAUCCAACUAGCCCAGAUGGUUGGCGCAAAGAUCUAUGCCACCGUAAGCAGCGAAGAGAAGAUUAAAUAUCUCGAAGACAACUUUGGUCUAGAUCGUUCAUGCAUUUUCAAUUCUAGGGACGACUCAUUUGUCCAACGGAUUUUGCACGAGACGGGCGGCGAGGGUGUUGACUUGGCGCUCAACUCACUCUCUGGCGAGCUUCUACACGCUACCUGGAAGUGUAUUGCAGAAUUCGGUCGAAUGGUAGAGAUUGGGAAGCGAGACUUGAUUGGGUCUGGCAAACUUGACAUGUACCCUUUUCUGGACAACCGUACAUACUCUUGCGUUGAUCUUGAUCAGCUUUGUUUCAAGAGGGGAUGUAUCGCAAAAGAGCUUCUCAAACAUGUUAUUAGACUCUACAAAGACGGACACAUCCAACCCAUUCGUCCCAUCAAAGUCUACCACCCUCACAACAUCCUUGACAGCUUCAGGUACAUGCAACAGGGCGUUCACCUUGGCAAGAUUGUUGUCUCGAUGGACACAACAUACGGGCCCAGCUUGGAGGUCGAACCUCGAAAGCAACCAGUCACGCUUCAUGCAUCGGCUUCAUACCUGCUUGUGGGUGGGCUCGGAGGUUUAGGGCGAUCUAUCUCAAGAUGGAUGAUUAAGCGAGGAGCUCGUCACCUCAUUUAUCUCUCCCGCAGUGCGGGAACGAAUGAGAAGCACCUAGAUUUGCAGCAAGAACUUGAGAGCCUGGGAUGCAAGGUCGACUUUGUUCAGGGCAGCAUCAACAACCUUGACGAUGUUACUGCUGCAGUUGCACGAGCUGAAGGUCAUAUGAAGGGAGUUCUACAAAUGUCUAUGGUUCUCGCCGAUCAGAGCUUUCCGAAGAUGACGAUAGACGAGUGGAAUACUGCUGUCAACCCGAAAAUUAAGGGUACUUGGAACUUGCACAACGCGACCAUGUCUGCUAAUGCAAACCUCGACUUCUUUAUCCUUUUCAGUUCGCUUUCCGGUGUCAUAGGACAGCCUGGACAAGUGAAUUACGCUGGUGCAAACACGUUCCUCGAUGCAUUUUCCAACUAUCGAAAGAGCUUGGGUUUGCCAGCGUGUUCCAUCGACAUCGGAGCGGUGGAAGAGGUUGGAUACUUGGCUGAGAACCAGUCCAUCAUGCAAAAACUGAAGGUGACCGGUUUCAACGGAACUGUGUCAGAGCACGAGUUUCUCGAUGCACUCGGUGCAGCCAUGGCAAGGACUGCCAACAACUUUUGUCUUGGAUUUCGACCGGAUGUCUCCCUCAGCGAUCCUUCUAACCGCUCUAUUUGGAAGAAAGACAUUAGAAUGGCUGUCUUUCACAAUAACGGAGGCGCUUUACAGGCUUCUACAGGCGCAACGAACGACGAGCUCAAGUCUUUUAUCUCAAGAGCUAAGCAUGACCCUUCAAUCUUGAAACAGGAGGAGUCAUCUCGCUUUCUCGCCCGAGAGAUCGGUAAAAAGGUGUAUGGUCUUUUACUCAAACCUGUGGAGGACUUGCAGACUGCCUCUUCUCUCUCCGAUUUGGGAAUGGAUUCACUAGUGGCUAUCGAAGUUCGGCAAUGGUGGAAGACCGUUUUCCAAUUUGACAUUAGUGUCCUUGAGAUGAUGGCGAUGGGUAGUCUCGAUAUGCUAGGGGCCCAUGCUGCCAGAGGUCUACAGUACGUCCUUGGCAGCACAUAG